GCUAGAGAUCAGAUGCCCAUUAGGCGUUCUGCCAUCGGAUCCGAUUUGAUUAUUUUGCCCUUGGAUAACAGAGAAUCAUUUAUUCUCACUGUAUCUCACUGUAUAGGGCUGACGCUGGCCUUCACAUUCAGCGCUCAUCGUCACGAAUGUAGGCUGCUAUACUAUACGCAGAUUGAUUGUGGGAAAUCCAGGAUUAGUUACAGCGUGCAUCAGCGACAGCGUCAAACACGCCCGAUGUGGAUGAAAUGAACCGUCGAUACGGCCUUUAAAGCCUCACCAUGAUCCAUGGCCUGGCUGUGAGUGUCAGUGAGGGCAGACAGUGUUGCAGCCCAGGCCAGAGGCAGCAGAUUGAAUGCCACUGAAGUCUCAAGGCUGUGAGCCCUGUGGAGUGUGGUCAUGACCAGCCAGGGCAGCAACAGCAGCAGGAAGGACAGCCAUGCUGCUGACAGUACCCCCUCCUCCUCCACGCCCUCACGCCCGCCCCCUGGCCCCAAGCUGCAGGUGCAGCGCUCCCUCUCCCGAGACACCAUCACCAUCCACUUCUCCGCCCUGGGAAAAGAGGAGGAUGAGGACGAGGAGCUGUAUGGGUUUGGGGCGUCUGUGUCAUCAUCCUCCCCAGGAGAGGGGUCAGAAGGGCUGGGUGGGAUGGAGGGGAGGACUGAGGACCAGGCCAUCGUGACGGCCUUGGAAGCCAGCGAGGAGCUACUGUUUGAGGCUGGAGGGAUUGAGACCACCACUACCAUUGGUGUGUCCUCUAACACUCUACCCCACAGCCCAGCCCUGCCCAUCCUCCCCUCCUCCACCCACCCCACCCUCGAGUCCCCCCCUGCUUGCUCCUCCUGGCCCUCCGAUCACACAAGACCCACGAUCUCUCACACUGCCACCACCUCCUCCUCCACCACCUCCUCCCCCUCUCGCUCCGCAGCCCUGCCCUCCAAGCCUUUCCUCAGCCUCAGGUCCCUGUCCAAUGAAAUGAUGGUUGCCCCUCCUUCUUCUGCCGGGCGCCACCGCCACCACCUGAUGAAGACGUUCGUCAAGUCUCUCUCCACAGACAAUACCAGGCCCGACCACCAGGAGGCGCCUUCACCACCAUCUCUCUCCCAGCAGCGCCCACCUCCAGACUCCCGCGUCAACAACCUGCUGCUCUUCAAGCAGUUGGGCCAGCCGAGGGGCUCCACCACGUCUGGGGGUGGUGACUCCAAGACGGCCCCCUCUUCCCCCCUCACCUCCCCGGCCGACGGGAGGUGUUUCUUCAAGGUGCAAGAGAUGGAGGCCAGGAUCGAGGAUACUAGGAGGCGUUUGUCAGAGGUAAUUUGCGAGCCAAUGCAGCUGUUCAGUAAGUUCAUGGGCGACGAGGCUGGAGGCGGGGCCGAGGGAGUGGGUACAGGAGGGGGUACCUCCGCUACCCACUGCUCCAAAUCCCUCUCCCUCAGUGCCACGGAGCUCACCAACCUGGCAGGCCUUAAUGGGCACGCAGAGAGCAACAACAACUACAGCAUCAAAGAGGAGGAGGGAGGCGACUCUGAAGGAGAGGAGGAUGGGGAAGAGGAGACCCCUACUGGUGAAGCCCCAGCAGACUAUGUCUUCUCCUCUCCUCCAGCCAAGACCUCCAGGGUCUCCUCCCCUCCUCCUCUCCCCAGGUCCUCCUCCCUCGCCCUGGGCCACUGCUCAAUGUCGGCCCUGGUCCGCCUGGAGGACGAGGAGUUCUUUGAGCUCUACAGUGAAGACUUUGAGCUCUGUACUGACACUGAGACACCGGACGGGGAGCGGCCCAGGUCACUGCAGAUCCAAACAGGCAGCACGGGUGUCUGCAGUGAAGCCGAGUCCGACGAAGAGGAGGAAGACUUAACAAACGUGCCCAUCACUGGCCUCCUCUUCCUCAUGUGUCUAGUCUACAGUUACCUGGUCCUCCCCCUGCCGCCCUAUGUGUGUGCGGUGGUGCAGGGGGUGGCGGCAGGGUUCAUGCUGGCUGUACUGGUGCUGUGGCUGUCGGCUCCGGAGGUCUCCAGCUGCAGUGGGACCAGGCAGGGCAGACGAAGGGGGGAGCAGUGGAACGUGACCCAGCUGGAUAUCAAAGAACCUGGAAUCUUUAAGGGUUGGAUGAACCAGAUGUACAGCUAUGACCUAGAGAUGUACCAUGCCACUCUGACCCACUCUGUGUAUGUACGUCUGGAGGGCUCCACCCUGCGCCUGUCCAAACCCAACCGCAACAUCGCCCGGCGGGCCACGCACAACGAGCCCAAACCUGAUGUCACCUACAUCAGCCAGAAGAUCUACGACCUCACCGACAGCAAGAUCCAUCUGGUGCCCCAGAGCCUGGCCAGGAAGCGCGUGUGGAACAAGAAGUACCCAAUCUGUAUCGAGCUGGCCAAGCAGGAGGACUUCAUGUCCAAGGCCCAGGCCCAGGUAGAGAGGACCGAGCCUGGGGAGGAGAAGCCGGCCGAGAAGGGGGAGAAGCUGGAGUGUCCAGGAGGAGCUGGGGGUGGAGAGGAGCCCAGGAAACCCCCAGGGGAGCGAGAUCUGACCCUGUUCCUGUUCGGGAGGACGGGUCGGGAGAAAGAAGAAUGGUUUAGGAGGAUUCUGGUGGCGUCCAGACUGAAGUCCGAGGCUAAUAAAAUGUCUAGUGAGCGUCCAGUGGGAGAAUUUGAACCCAGGUCUGGUUGUCGUUGCCUGAUAGACUGGUCUCACAGACUGGAGGCAGAGAGCAGGAGCAGCAGCCUCAUGGACGAGCCCAGUCAGAAGGACCCUUCCCUGGUUGGAGGGGUCAGGCAGAAGAUGCUGCUGGACUACAACGUCUACAUGGCCAAGUACGUCACCCCCCUGCCCCCACUGGACAGCCCCCCGGCCAGCAGCCCUGCCCACAGCACAGAGGGCAGCCCUGGAGCCACCAAGAAGUUACCCAGCAGCCCGUGCGAGCGGCCGGGGCGAGGGGCGGUGCCAGAGGCGUGGGUGAACGCCCUGAUAGGCCGGGUGUUCUGGAACUUCCUGGGGGAGAAGUACUGGGCUGACAUGGUCUCCAAGAAGAUCCAGAUGAAGCUCAGUAAGAUCAGGCUGCCGUACUUUAUGAAUGAGCUGGCUCUGACAGCGCUGGACAUGGGCUUCUCCAUUCCCAAGAUCCUCCAUGCCUCCAAGCCCUCCGUGGACCACCAAGGUCUGUGGUUUGAUCUGGAGGUGUCCUAUGCUGGUUCCUUCAUCAUGACCCUGGAGACCAAGAUGAACUUGGCCCGUCUGGGGAAGGAGGGAGAGCGGCUGGGGGAGCAGGGGAAAGAGGGGCCCAGACCUCGGGCCUACUGCCUGGCGGACAGUGAUGAAGAGUCCUCCAGUGCUGGAUCGUCUGAUGAAGAGGAUCCCCCAGAAAUCCCCAUGGACAUGCUGGGGGCGGAGGGUUUCGUCGGAGGCCACCGGCCCAGUAAGAUCAUGCGGUUUGUGGACAAGAUCGCCAAGUCCAAGUACUUCCAGAAGGCCACGGAGACAGAGUUCAUCAAGAAGAAGAUCGAGGAGGUGUCCAACACGCCCCUGCUGCUCACCGUGGAGGUGCUGGAGUGCCGCGGGACGCUGGCCGUCAACAUACCACCCCCACCCACUGACAGGAUAUGGUAUGGCUUCAGGAGUCCCCCCCACUUGGAGCUGAAAGCCCGGCCAAAGCUGGGUGAGAGGGAGGUCACGCUGGCCCACGUCACCGACUGGAUCGAGAAGAAACUGGAUCAGGAGUUUCAGAAAAUAUUUGUGAUGCCAAACAUGGACGACCUCUGGCUACCCAUCAUGCACUCUGCCAUGGACACCCGUUCCAACACCAACCUGGUUACUGUGACAACAACGACCGAUGCCUUGAGGGACCCAGACCUCUCGGAGCCUGAGCUCUUUGACAUGUGAAGACAACAAGACUCUCCGUUUCCAGGGUGUUGCUAAGGAUAAGUCAUUAGCAUGGUGAUAGGACAGGGAGGCCCAGGCGAUCUGCCAUCCCGGUAACCACUGGUGCCAGCGCCGCGGUGGGCGGGGCUUACUGUCCUCCCCUCAGGACAGUGGGCCAAUCCCACAGCCACUCCAGACUGUGGCUACUCUACCAGGAAGUGAAAAGAGACAGAGCGAGAUGGAGAGAGAGACAACCUGCUUACUUCUCACUUGGUUGGGACAUACUGCAUCAUUGGUUUGAGGGAAUAUUAAUCCGAGGAUGGUGUCAAUCAGACAGGUCAUGGACAUGGAUUCACCUAGAGACAGACAGACCAUUUGGAUUAUAAGUGUGUGUGGUCAGACAAAUUGCAGUGCAGUGUAAACUGAAGAACCACACUACCUGUGAUGUACAGCAGCUGCACCAAACAUCAUAGACGAACAUGAAAUGUGUGUGUAGUAAUCUGAGUCAUUGAUAUGCCCUGCAUUUCUUUUUCAAUUGAGUUUCAGACCGAAACCCAUGAAAAAAGGAUGGGUGUAGAUGCUCCUAGAGAGAAUGCUGUGUGUGAGUGAUUUGUCAUAUGCUUCAUCAUCUAAUGCACUUAUGGGCAUUGUGAGACAGUCUAUCCCUCUCUCCGCCCCCUCUCCCUCCAUUUUUCUGCCUGUGUCAUCCAUCGCGUGGCAUUCCUUAUGCAAACAGGUCAACGCCACUGUGCAUCGAUCAACAAUACCAGCUGAAACCCCUCACCAUCCUACCCCCAAAAGAACUCAUACUGCAGAAGGCAGGCUCAUGUGGUAGUUACUAAAUAGCCUGGGAUCAAAUCAAAUCAAAUCAAAUCUUAUUGGUCACAUGCGCCGAAUACAACAGGUGCAGACAUUGCAGUGAAAUGCUU